CACCUCCGUGGGCUGCGGUUUGACGGGCUCUGCUCCUGCUGGGGUGGAGCUGAUCCCAGUCCCGGUCCUGGUGGCCGGUGUGGGGUCGCAGCUAAGUGACAGCCCCGCAGCCCCCUCUCCUUUGCAUUCGCCUCGGUGUCAUUCGAAGUGGCUGCUGGCGGCCAAUGGGGCGGCUCCCGCCCGCUGACAUCACUCGGCAGCCAGUUCCCUCCAGCUGCAGAGCACCUCGGUUUCUGCCUUUUUUUAAACUAAAAUGGAGGCUGGUCUCUUGCCUUAAGGAAUACAUUGCCUUGCCUGCUGGAGCCUAGAUGUUGACAUGUAACAGAGCUGGCAGCAGGAUGGUGGUUGACGCCGCCAAUUCCAGUGGGCCCUUCCAGCCCGUGGCCCUUCUGCAUAUUCGAGAUGUUCCUCCUGCUGAUCAAGAAAAGCUUUUUAUCCAGAAGUUACGACAAUGUUGUGUACUUUUUGACUUUGUUUCUGAUCCACUAAGUGACCUAAAAUGGAAGGAAGUAAAAAGAGCAGCUUUAAGUGAAAUGGUAGAAUAUAUCACACACAAUCGCAAUGUGAUUACAGAACCUAUUUACCCUGAAGUAGUACAUAUGUUUGCAGUUAAUAUGUUUCGAACAUUACCACCAUCUUCCAAUCCAACGGGAGCAGAAUUUGAUCCAGAGGAAGAUGAACCAACCUUAGAAGCUGCAUGGCCUCAUCUACAGCUUGUUUAUGAAUUUUUCUUAAGGUUUUUAGAAUCUCCAGAUUUCCAACCCAAUAUAGCUAAGAAAUAUAUUGAUCAGAAGUUUGUAUUACAGCUUUUAGAGCUCUUUGACAGUGAAGAUCCUCGUGAAAGAGAUUUUCUUAAAACAACUCUUCACCGAAUAUAUGGGAAAUUCCUAGGCCUAAGAGCUUACAUCCGGAAACAAAUUAAUAAUAUAUUUUAUAGGUUUAUUUAUGAAACAGAACAUCACAAUGGCAUAGCAGAGUUACUGGAAAUAUUGGGAAGUAUAAUUAAUGGAUUUGCCUUACCAUUAAAAGAAGAGCACAAAAUAUUCCUUUUGAAGGUUUUGUUACCAUUGCACAAAGUGAAAUCACUCAGUGUCUACCAUCCACAGCUGGCGUACUGUGUAGUCCAGUUUUUAGAAAAGGACAGCACACUGACAGAACCAGUUGUAAUGGCGCUGCUGAAAUACUGGCCAAAGACUCACAGUCCAAAAGAAGUCAUGUUUUUAAAUGAGCUAGAAGAAAUUUUAGAUGUUAUCGAACCAUCUGAAUUUGUAAAAGUUAUGGAGCCUCUUUUCAGACAGCUAGCCAAGUGUGUGUCCAGUCCACAUUUUCAGGUUGCAGAGAGAGCAUUGUACUACUGGAAUAAUGAAUAUAUUAUGAGUUUAAUUAGUGAUAAUGCUGCAAAGAUUUUACCCAUCAUGUUUCCAUCCUUGUACCGGAAUUCAAAGACGCAUUGGAACAAGACAAUACAUGGCUUGAUAUACAAUGCUCUGAAACUCUUCAUGGAGAUGAACCAAAAACUGUUCGAUGACUGCACGCAGCAAUUUAAAGCAGAAAAACUGAAAGAGAAGCUAAAAUUGAAGGAACGGGAAGAAGCGUGGGUUAAAAUAGAAAAUCUAGCCAAAUCAAAUCCCCAGUACCCAACAUAUAGUGACACAAGUUUGCUGAACAGUCCUGUUGCAAUGGAAACAGAUGGGCCUUUAAUUGAAGAUUUGCAGAUGCUGAAAAAGACAGUGAAAGAAGAGGCUUGUCAGGCACAGAAAGAUCAGAAAAAAGAUCGUCCUCUUGUGCGACGCAAGUCAGAACUGCCUCAGGAUAUCUAUACCAUGAAAGCCUUGGAAUCACAUUGCAGAGCUGAUGAAUUAAUAUCCCACGAUGGGCAUUAAACUAUUACAGUGAAAUAUUUUGGAGGAAAAGGUUGUUGGGUUUUUUUUUGGACUCAGUUCUACAGUAGAACUUACUUUUUUGUGCCAUACCAAUCAGUUACACACAAAGUCAAAGCUUUCUUCGACCCAGUUCUGUAGGCAAUAACUUUACUAGAGUAUGCAGCUCAAGAUCAGUAGUUCAAACAAUGGUAAAUUACCCAAUGCAGAAUAUUGGGUUGACCAUAAGUCAAGUGGACACAAUUUCCUGGAGGAAAUUUCCUGGAGGUGUUAUCAUAGUACCAGCUAGCUGAUAACAUGCAGGUUUAAUUGUUGUGUUUGAGAAGAGCAUUGUAUAAACUCAUUCCAUCUAAAUAAGCGAAUGACCAAUAGUUGGUACUGAUGAUAAAUGUGUGUUUUCAAAAGUAAAAUUGUUUCCAAUUGAAGUAUUAAUCUUUUUCUAGGAUUUCUCAACUUUACUGCUGUUUCCACAUUAUUGCUGUCUUGUAAUAUAUCAGCAGUUUUGAAAACACACAGUUAUUCUUUCCUAUUCCAAAACAUGGCUUACAAACUGGUAACUUUCAUGACAAUCCUCAAUCAUCAUUCCUUUCUAAGAAUUCUGUAAAUUUAUUUCUCCUUUACUUAGGAUAAAGAUAUAUAUCUAUAUAUACCAUGUCCUAAUGCUUUAUGUAUAUUUAAAGCCAUAUUUUCCAGUCUUCAGUGUAUAAUACUGCACCAAUGUUCUAGAUAGGAACUGGUAGAAGAAUUUUUCCUAAAAUGAAAAUCUGUUUACUAUGACUGGGAACAGACUGAAUAUAAAAUUUCAUUUAAGUUUUUUUCAAGUCAGUAAAAUACUCUUUCACUGUUUUCUCCCUUAUCUGAGCUAUUAAUACUCAGCAUUUUUCUUGGGCUCUAGGAGUUCAAUAUUCUGUGGCAGAUAUUACGUGCGAUUUCAGUUGCAUCAGUUUUUAUCUGAAAGAUGAACUUAAUCUUUCAGGAAACACAGCAUCACAAGCUUAUUGAAAUAAGAAAGAACAGACCCUUCAAUUCCAUUGUUUCUUUUUAAACGAGUCUAAGAGCUGAGGAGAUAGUGACCGUAAUUUUACCGUGAAAAUAUUUUUGUUGUUGUUGUAAAGAGCACAUGUGCUGCAAAUACACCUCACAAGUGACUGAAAAUGCAUCUGAGUUGCUGAUGAUCUUCAAAUGCUGCUAUAUAUUCCACAAGAUUACUUGCAUGUAAUGAGCUUUUUGUUGUAGAUGGAAAAGCACGGGAGGAAAAUACCUUUAAAAAUAUAGUGCUUUGUCUUCAAUAUUUGAUUUCUCUCAGGGUGGCCAGUAUUUUGACUUACUUAUCCUGCUUACAAGCUGUUUUAAAAUGUGUUCUGCUAUUCUAAAUGAGUGAUUAGUUUCUUUUGUCUCUGGCAGGAACAUGAUAUAACUUAAUGUUUAAUGUCUUGAUGCAUAAAGAGAUAAAAAUGUGGCUUCUUUCAAACUAGUUUUGGUUUACUUUUUAAGGAAGUAUAACAUCUCUUGCAUCCAUGAAAAGAAAAAAUUGCGCAAAGCAGACAUUCAUAGUAAACUUGUGCAGAUGUAGUGCUUGCUGUUUGUUGGUUGCAUUCAACAUUCGAUUCCCAGUAUUUGUUGUCUAUUGGAAGAAAAUUGUGGGUGGUAAAUAUUGGCUUACAACAACUAAAUUUAGAGACCAACCCAACCUUUUAAGUGGAAUGUCCACUGUGUCUGAACAUUUCCUGUAAAACUUGAAAAAGAAUAUGCUUUACCAUUAGGAUUAUUACAUCAGUUUAAAGAUGCCUUCUCCUUUUGAGGGAAAAAGGGUGCUUUUUUAAUUGUGUAAAGCAAUGUCGAUGUAUUUUGAUAUACCAUUGUUUGAACUUCCAUCUUUAGCUGGUAGAUUAUCAGUUACCUUUGAUUUCAGGUGUUCGGUAUGUUUGUACAAGAGGUUGCUGAAAGGAAUUAUUCUUAUGUUACCCAAGGGAAAAAAAAACAAAACAAACCUGUAUAUCAAUGUUUGAUUGAUUGUGUGAUGCUCAACGUAUAAGGACAUCUUUCACCAUCUAGAUUUUAUUUCUGUUCUUUAUUGAAGAUAAACACUCACCAAAAAGGGAAAUACUACGGUAUUUUUAAAGACUUAAAGUUCACCAUGAAUUCCUAUUUGAAGUUCUGGGCCACUGAGCAUUCGCUUAGGCAGUUUUCCAAAACCUGUCACCUCUAAUGGUUUAGCAUGUUUAUUAUUGAUAUUUAUAUGCUUCUUAUAAUCCUGUACUAAACCAUUCUAAAACUAAUACAUCCAAAAAUAAAAAGAUAAAUUAAAGUAGCAUUUUGGUGACUGUUGUUCUUCAUAAAGUUCUGUGUCUGAUGCCUUCCCCCAUUUUCCAAAAUUACACCUGUACAUCAGGAAUGUCAAAAGUAAUAUUACAAGUGUCUUUUUAGUGUGGCUUUAGUAUGGCUUCAUUUUAAUAUUGUACAUACGUUGUACCUUGUUUUAUGGUAAUAAGUAAUAAAAAUGUAGACUUCAUAUUUUGUACAGAAUUGUCCUAUGUACAGAAUAAAAGGUUCCUAGAAACAGCAAAAAUAGGUAAGUGGCACAAUUAUUUUUCAUUAGACUAUCUGUAACAUUAUGCGUUAGUAGAAUGUUAAGUUCAAAUGUACCUACAUAUUUUUUAACAUUUUGUAAUUCAAUUUUUUUUGUUCUGGCAUUGUUUCUGAAGAACUUCAUACACCUGCCAUUUAAUAUGCUUUUAUCUAAUUUUAAAACUUUAAAAAAAAAUGGUGUAUUAUAUGGACAAAUAAAGAACAUGUGAAUUUUACUUGUUCAUCAUGAAACUAAAUUUAGCACAGGGCAUCGGGGUGGGGUGUUCAGAUUAUCAUUGUUUACAGAAUCAGCUGGGCAAAUUAAUUCCAUAAAUUUCACAAAGGAAAAAAAUGAUGGAAAGGCCAUUAAUAAAAAAAUGGGAAUUGUGAAUAUUUAGUAGAAAAAGCAGACAUAAGUUUUAAAACAACUAUCAGUACUGAAAGGAGUUUGAUAAAUGUCACACACAGAAAUAGGAAAGAUGCACCUUUCAUACCAUCGUAUUUUCCCCUGUAACAGUCUCUAUUGACAGACUUCAAGCAAAGAAGCCAUAAAAUGAGCUAUUAAAGUGUCAUAGGUGAUAGGUGGUCAGGUGGCGAGGAUCUGAACAUGCAAUAGGUAUUGUCUUCCCUCUGGAAUCCAUUAAAGUCCUCAAAAGAAUGAAGGAAAUUACUCAUAUAAAGCUGACUUUCAGUAAGUGAUGAGCUAGGGGUGUUGCAAGCUGGGAUCAGUAUCUGACUCCUGACUCAAGUUAUAAAUGUAAGAUUUGAGGUAUAAAUGAAACCUUUUGUGUACUGAAAGUUUUCUGCACAAGCUCAGAAGUAAACUUAUCCUACGCACUUAAUCAUUAAUCAAAAACUAGAUAUUGAAACAACAAAGGAUUCAGUCAUCCCACUUAAAAAAUCUGGGUCAAACACCUCAAAAUAUAAAGUUUUAAAAUAUUGAUAUUAGUGACACUUUUUCUGUACGAAUAUCUUACUGAGUUGCGAGCGUGUUCAGGCAGUAAACUCUCAUACUUUCUCUUCGAGGGUAUUAACCUCAGGAGCUUUGACCAGCAGCCUUUUUCGGCACUGCUUGCUUGGUUUGGCUUUUUAGAAGUGAGGAGGGUGCCAGUGCAGCACAAGUGUGCUUGUCUCAGAGCUUUGUUGGUUUGCUUUGCGGAAACUAUUUUAGUACCUCAGAAAUGUUACUUGUAGGACAACGCCCGAUCCCUGGAGGUGUUCAAGGCCAGGUUGGAUGGGGCCUUGGGCAGCCUGAUCUAGUGGGACGUGUCCCUGCCCAUCACAGGGGGGUUGGAACUGCAUGGUCUUGUAAGAUCCCUUCCAACACAAACCAUUCUAUGAAUUCCACGUGACCCAGGGUAUUGGUCUGAUCCCAUUAUGGACCACUCCCCUAGAAGUGGAGCACUCUGCUCCUUGAAUCUUGUCUUUAACCGUAGAUAAUGAUUGUGGAGACUCAGACUGCAUAUAGCUGAUUAAGAAAUGCCAUUCUAAUUGCCAUAUCAUUGUCUCCCUGGAUGAUAGUUUCAUUUAUAUAAUGAGACAUGGCUUGAGCCGUCUUUAUACAAUAAAACUUUGAUGUAGUUAAAAGCUUGAAAAAUUUCCCAAGGGAGGAUUUACUGUGGAGCUAAAGAUAAUUCCUCCCUCAUGUAACUGAGGAGCAGCACAGCUGCAGCUGGCUUUCUCUGAACCCAGUCGUACAGGGACUGAGUUUACUCCUGCAGGAGCAGAAGACAGUACACGCAACAUGAAGCUUUGUAAGCAUCAACCCCGUGGUGUUCAGGGGAGAGGGCUUCCACUGUUGUCACAAAAGGGAUAGGGUAUUUGUGUGCUCUGCUUCAGGCUGGUUUAGGCAUUUUUGUCAUCCAGAAGACCACGUAAGAUCGUUCAUGCUAGUGCUAAGGCCUUUCGGUAGUAAUUUUUCUAGUACCCUGGCUGUAGAAUUAGAGAUACCAGAGGAUCAGAAUGGGAAAACAAGUGGUUUGCUCUGAGUGCUUGUUUGGGUUUUCUUGUUUUGGGUUUGUUGGGUUUGGGUAGGUUUUUUUUUGUCUCAAAUACUACUAAAUUAUUAUUAGAUAUAGGGAAAAUACAUUUUUUUUUUUGUAUGCUACAGUUGUUUCCUUUAUAACUUACGCAAAAGGCAUUUGUCAGGAGCAAGUCUUCUCUGUCUGGACAAGUCCUAGUAACCAUUCUGAUUCUCUGAAAUACUUCUUUUUAUUUAGGCUAUAGGGGAAAUGUGUAAUGCGGGCAAUCUUGCCUCUUGGGUGGUUGAUUUCAAUGACCUUUUGCAUACCUGUGAGAAGGAACAGGUCCUUUGUGUACCCAGGAAAAGGACAUUCAUAAUUAAGUAGAUGUAGAUCAAAGCAAGCUAUUUUUCACCCUGAGUGAGCAAGCUAAAGCUUUUUCUCUCCACAGGUUUUAACUGAACAUGAAAACUUGCGCAUAAAGUUUGCUUAUCUUGUCUUUGCUUCCAUUUCCUUUAACUUAACUUACAUCAUCUCCCCCUUGCCCUCUGACACAGCAGAUAAAGCUGAAGUGAUUAAAGGAAUACUACGCAUCUUGCCUACCUUGGCUUUUAUUUACAAAUACCUUGCAUGUAAGUAUUAGAAUCCUAGAUUUGUUCUUUAUUUUAUAAAGUCUUGUCACACAUGGAGUAGUUCUGGGUUUAAAACCUACGAGAACAUGAGACUUGCUGAAGGUAUUUUUGUCCAUGCUUUCUCUGCAUUUCAGCAGCAAUGUGGAUAAAUAAUUACUUGAAUUCUUAUUUCCAGUUUCUGUCCUGCUUUCUUCUCUUUACUUCCAUGGCUUACUUUCCUUAUUCUUUCCUGGCAGCAAUUUUACCAUAACGAAAUACCGUCUCUUGCUUUGCAAGACACAAAAAUUGUGACAUUUUGUUGCAGCAGAUGAUGGCUGUUUUAGAAGAAUAAGCACACUAGGACUUUGAAGUGUAGUUUGAGCUAACCUCUUCAGAGAUGCCAGGUUAAACUUGAGACAUAUCUAGGUUGCUUAAGAGUAUUAUCAGCACCCUUUUAACUAAUAUCUUGAAGGCCAGGAUGUUUAUUUAACCUCUGGUUUUGGAUGCUUGGCUUGUACUGACACUUACUACAUGGAUGUAAGAAGUACAUAAUUCUCCCCAGCUAGAAAGCAGCCAGACAGGACCAGAGAUGGAGUAGCCUUGGUGGAGUUCAGACAGCCUAGCAAAGAAUAGCCCUUUUUUUCAUAUGAAAUCAUGGAAUGGUUUGGGUAGGAUGGGACCUAUAAAGGUCAUCCAGUCCAACCUUCCCUGCAGUGAGCAGGCAGGGACACCUUCCACUGGAUCAGGUUGCUUGGAGCCCUGCCCAACCUGACCUUGAAUGUUUCUGGGGAUGGGGCAUCCACCACCUCUGGGCAACCUGUUCCAGUGUUUCACCACCCUCAUUGUAAAAAUAUUUUUUCCUUAUAUCUAGUCUGACUCUAUCCUCUUUUAGUCUAAAACCAUUACUGCUUGUCUCAUUGCAGCAGCCUCUGCUAAAAAGUUUGUCCCUGUCUUUCCUGUUAGCCCCCUUUAAGUAUUGAAAAAGGUGCAAUAAGGUCUCCCCAGAGCCUUCUCUUCUCCAGGUUGAACAACUCCUGACUGCCACGACUUGUUAAAUAUCAUGGGAGAGUGGCUUGGCAACCACAUCUGCCAAUUCCCUCAGGACUCUGGGAUGCAUCUCAUCCAGUCCCAUACACUUGGCUAUGUUCAGGUUCCUCAGGAGGUUGUGAAGCUGAUCUCUUACGGGGAAAGGACUUUGCUCCCCCUGUUCCUGCCUUGCAGUUUGUCCACUCAAGGGGUGCAGGAAGAGAGGUUGCCAGGCUGAGACUGAGGCAGAGAAGUUGUUGAGUACAUGUAAUCCUAAAACAUGACCUGCAUGUAGAUUAUAGGGUGCGUGCAAGAAUGGACUUUGGGAAAUGGCAAUAGGUGAUGUUG